AUGGAUCGCAUUCAAUGUCCAAUUUGUUUGGAAAAUUUUUCUACUGAAAAAAAACCAAUGAUUAUAUGUUCAAAUGGUCAUUCUAUGUGUCAAGGAUGUUUCGAUAAUAUAAAAUCAUCUGCAAGUCCAGAAUGUUCUAUAUGUCGUACUAAUUUAUUACCAGUGCCUAUUAUUAAUCGUGAUAUACUAGGUUUAAUCGAUGCUGUUUAUGAAACAAUGGCUGCUAUACCAGUAAUUAAAGCAGAAGAAUUAAUAAUUGAACCAAAACCAUUCGGAUAUGGUGGUAGUGCUGAUGUAUUUCGAGCACAAUGGAAUCGACAAACUGUAGUCAUAAAACGUUUACGAACAGGUACGACUGAUCCAAAACAAUUAUCGCAAUUGAAAGGAGAAAUAAGUAUGCAUGUUGGAUUAAGACAUCCAUGUAUUAUUCCUUUAUUUGGAUAUACAAGCAAUGGUAAUGGUAAAGAAAUUGUUAUGGAAUAUGCUGAACGUGGUUCAUUAAAUCAAAACUGGCAAAAUGUUGAUAAAACACAAUUAAUCAAUUGGGCAUUAGAUAUUAUUGAUGGUCUACAAUAUUUACAUAGUCGAAAAAUUUCACAUAGAGAUCUUAAACCUGAAAAUAUUCUUAUUGCACAAGAUAAUCGUGCGAAAUUAUCGGAUUUUGGAAUGGCAAGAGUACUAGCAACAAUUCAACAUAAUACAUCAGGCAGUGGUACACCUAAAUAUACAGCUCCAGAAUUAUUCGACGCUGAUAUGAAAUAUGGUCCAGAAGUUGAUAUAUAUAGUUUAUCAAUGAUUCUUUAUGAAAUGUUUUCAGGAAACGUAGCAUUUGAAAAUCUCAGUCCACAUCAACUUCUUGUUGCUGUUUCUGUUCAUCAAAAACGACCUACUUUUGAAUCAACAUUUCCUAAAAAACUUCAAAAUACAAUUGAACUUGGAUGGUCACAUGAAGCAAAAGAUCGAUGUAAACUCAAUGAUUUUCUUCAAGUUUUAUUAGAAAUGAAAAAUCCAUCAAUAUCAUUACCAAAUAAUCAAAUACCAUCCAUGGGAGAAACAAUUCGUGUAUCAAUGUUUGAACAAGCUGAUAAUACUCAAAUGAAAUUAUUAGAUUAUUCACCAAUUAUAGAAAUGAAAUGGGCAACUCAAAAUGAACAAACAAAAUUAUUUAUUGAAACAAUGAUAAAAGACAUGCGUCAAUCAUCAUCAUUUGCAAAGAUUUUUUCCGAUACAAUUCUUAAUGCUAUGUUACAAGUACCAAAACAUUUAUUUGUUGAUAUGGAUAUCUAUAAAAAAUUAUCGAAAAUUAAUGAUACUAACGAAUGUCUUAAAGCAAUUUAUAAACCUUCAGGAGCAUUACGUAUUAGUGAAACACAAAAUAUGAGUUCAACAGAAAUUACUUGUGCUCAAUUAAGUUUCAUACCAAUGAAUUCUGGUGAUCGUGUUUUAUUUCUUGGUGCUAAAGGUGGUUAUAUUCAAACUAUAGCAGCUCAAAUAGUUGGAUUUCAAGGUCAAGUAUGGAUAUGUUCACAAGAUGAUCAAGGUCUUAAACAUGUUGAGAAUGUUCUAAAAAAUCAUGUACCACCAAUACUUCGACAAACAAUUAAAUGUGUUUUAGUUAAUAAUAUUCAAAAUGUUAAUGAAAUAAAAAAAGAAUUAGAAAAACAUUGUAAAUCUAUUGAACAAUAUUUCAAUACAAUUCAUGUUUGUGGUGCUAUUUCUCAAGAUUCACUUGAAUAUUUUCAAGAAUUUUUAAAAGUCGAAGGCGAAAUCUUAGCACCGAUUAAUAUUGAUGAAAAAACUCAAAAAUUUACUAUUUUACAUAAAACACGAAAUGAUAUUUCCGGUCAAAUUACUUUAAAUAAACGAAUUCUUAAUGAUUGGGGAAUUAUAUUUGGUGCCGUUCUUUAA